UCAAAAUGGCGGACAGACUUGUCCAAUUUCUUAACGAUACUUGGAUGACAUAACUCCAUAUAAAAUCUGGAGGUUUUAUAGCGCGAGAAUUGAAAAAAAAAAAAAAAAUUAGGAAUCUCCUUGCAUUCCCUCGACAAAAUUCACGUUUAAUAUAAUGCAGUGGGUACGAUCUUUACUAAAUGUCUUCGGACGAACUAGGAGACUGGUAGGGACCGAUCUACAUGGAAAUGAAUAUUAUGAAACCAUACGACAGGGGAAAAAGGCAAAGAGGGAGAUGAUCACGAAAAUGAAUCCUAUGGAAUACACUCCGGGUUUAAUUCCCAUUGAGUGGGAAGCAUGGAUCCGAGGGAAAAGGGAAUAUCCCCCGACACACGAAGAACUGAUAGCCGAACAGAGGAGGGUUCAAACUCUCCAAGAAAGAGCCAAGCAAGUGGAAGAAAAGGAUAAAGAACGGAAAGCUUUGGAGCAGGAAACAUCACAGGCAGCAGCUCAGAUAGGCCACGCCUCUGCUCCUUUGUACGAGAGUCUGGAUAACAGAUCAGAGCCUACGAGCACUGGUACGACAUUUCAACCUGGGGAGUGGAUUCCUGAGUCUAGUCCUAAGGAAUCUUCUGGUGGAAAGGAAAACGGAGAAACGUAUGAGCCGGAGUCUUGGGUACCUCCUGGUACCUCUUGGGUACCUCCUGGUAAUAAACAUCCUGUGAAGUGAGCAGUGACACAGAAACAGCAAAUUGCUCUAUUAUACAUGUCGGUCAAUCGGUAGCUUCCCCCAGUGGUGGUCUCUGGGGAUCCUAGGACAUUUUUCUAAAGUGAAACCAAGCCUCGUAAAUCCACUGGAUUUUUGGAGUAUAGGAAUUUCUAUUAGGGCUAAAAUUUGGGACUCUGUUUGCCUACCUGGGACUUUUUGUCACCAAGUGCUUUUCAACGUAACUUGUGUUAUUGAAAUGAGACUUUAUCAAACCUUGUAAAGCAUGAAACUCUCCAAUUAUUUCCAGUUUAAGAAUUUUAUUGAAAUUGCUUGUUAGAAAAUCCAGUGUUAAAAGACCACCUAUGUACUUAUUGACUGAGUGCAAGGUCAGAUGGCAAAACAUUUGGCUUGAGGUCAUGAUAUAUGGACCAAGAGCAGUGAGGUUUGUGUAUCAUGAGCCAGAGCUAAAUAUUUUCCUGUCCACUCCAACCCAACUAAUUCAGUAACCAUUUAAUCAUUUGACCACUGGUUAAGUUUUGAAAAAUUUGUAAAGUUUGUUUUAACUUACAUGUCAAUAGGUCUCAAUGGAGGGGCACAUGUAGGAAAACCACAAAAGACUAUGAAAACUUGUCCUUUCUAUUUUCAACUUAGAGCAAGAAACUCACAAUUUGAUGAAAAAAGUGACUACAUUUCUUGUUUUGUA